UAACUGUAUCCUCUACUUUAUUCUGUUUUAUGUAUAGAACAGAACUUAAUGAUUAAACUGAACAGGAAAGGACAGCCAUGAAGCCCCAGAAGAAACUGAUGGCAUUCUGAACAAAAUGUUCACCCAUAUUCAUCACCAAGGCCAUUAUGGGAGUUCUGCCACAAUGUGGAAGCCACUAUCAUCAUCAGAGCCACUUAACAUUUCACAGAAGAAAAAAGGGACAUUCUGGGCUGCUCAACUUUGGCUCUCCUGCAGAUGUCAGCCUACAACUUCCAUGAUCCCUGGCUAUUGGCUACUGAGGCUGAGGAUUAUUUUAGAAUCGACCGUCAACAGUAAAGGAUCCAGCAGUCAAGAAAUAUGCUGCAGACUAGCACUUGGUAAGGUAGCAAUUGGAAAGGUAGCCUUGGAAAGGAUAUUUAGAUGCCAUGUGGUGUCUACACCUACAAAGAUUAGAAUCGUUUGGACCAUGGUUUUCUCCAUGACACUCUAUGGAUGCGAAAGUUGGACCUUGAAGAAGCAAGAUAGAAAAAGCAUCGACACUUUUGAACUUUGGUGCUGGAGAAGACUUUUGAGGAUACUAUGGACAGCCAGGAAAACAAACAAAUGGAUCAUAGAACAAAUCAAUCCAGAAUUUUCACUUGAGGCACAAAUGAACAGGCUCAAAAUGACUGGACACAAUAUGCGAAAACCCAGCUCCCUUGAGAAGUCCGUAACGCUGCGGAAAGUUGAAGGCAAGAGAAGAAGAGGAUGACCAGCAGCAAGGUGGAUGGACUGGAUUACGACAACAAUGAAUGCACCACUGAGAGACCUUAAAGGCCAAGUUGAAGACAGAUCAUCCUGGAGAGGAUCUAUCUAUGUGGUCGCUAAGAGUCGACACCGACUUGACAGCAUUUAAUCAAUCAAUCAAUCAGUCCAAAAACAGCUGGGGGCAAAGUUGAACAGGCCUGAUCUAUUCAGAAGCAUCUUGACCACCUUGGAAUCAUCUACUUAAGUCCAGCUCUAAACAGCUCACAUUUGUUAGUAUGCAAGUGGAACCACUUGUGGCAUAGUUGGCAGAACGUAACCAAUUUGCCCCCCACUCACGAUGCCAUACAUGUCACCCAGUUAAUAAUCACAACAAUGCAUAGACUGUAUUAGACCAGCAGUCAAUGAGCCAAAGAGAAUAAAAAUUUCUUUGUAUAGCACCUUUUA